GCGAUUUCUGAAGAGAACAACGACAUUCGGAGCCAGCUCGAGUCGAAACAACGCCAAAUGGAGGACAAAGAGACGCUGUCGGCGCGGCUGACGGAGCAGUUACGAGAGGCUGAUGGUCUGGUGCAUCGGCUAACUGAGAACACCGAAGACUUGGCCAGCAGGUUACGCAACAAACAGGAGGAGAUUGCACGGAUUAACGGACAUAUUGACGCGAUGCAACGCGACAAGAAUCAGAUUCAGGUGAGGGGAAGUGGACACCACGGAUUGGGUAUGCGAGUAGGGGAAAUAAAUAAAGAGGAAAGGAGGGAAAGAGAGCGAAUUGGAGAAGAAUGCGAAGAGUAG